UGAAACCUUUCCCCCUCUGGAAACUGCAAGGAGAUCCACGGUUUCCGUGUGGGUUCGUGGUUUGAUCAUGUCGGGCAGAAAGCCCCGGUAUGUGGCGAACCCCCUGGAGUCUGCGAUCACCACCCCGAGCGAGAGGAUCCUGAAGGAAUGCCACAGUCUGUACGUGGACAGCGAGAACGGUCUGGUGAAAAUUGCCAGCAGCCUCGGAGUCCGCCUCCUUCCUCCGAGAAAGAAGAUUAUCGUGAUGAUAAUGGGAAAUCACUCUGCAGGGAAGAGCUCCUUUAUUAACUGGUAUGUUGAAGAGCACAUUCAGAAAACCGGUGUGGCCAUUGAAACUCAGGGCUUUACCUUCAUCACUAGUGGUCGCAAGAGAGAGUCACUGACGGGAAAUGCAACAUUACAUCUCUAUCCUCAUUUUCGACCUAUCCUUGAGUUCAAAGGUGUGAUGGACUACCUGUCUGCUGAGAUCUCCACCUCAAAACAGAAGAAAUUCAGCCUGGUGACAUUCGUGGACACUCCUGGUUUGGUGGACGGGGACAUGAUCUACCCAUUUGAUGUCAACAGCGCCAUCACCUGGUUGGGAGAACAGGCGGACCUGAUUUUUGUCUUCUUUGACCCAAUGGGUCAGGCGCUGUGCAAACGGACGCUCAACAUCGUGGAGAAGCUGAGCGACAAAUGUGGAGACAAGCUGUUGUUUUAUCUCAGCAAAGCAGACGAAGCUGGGAAGGAGACAGACAGACAGAGAGUAAUGAUGCAGAUUGUCCAGGAGCUGUGCCGCCGUCCAGGGCUCAACAAAUGUGGUUUUGAGAUGCCGACAAUAUACAUCCCCAACCCACAGAAGCCAAGCAGGUGUGUGAACCAGAUUGACAGCGUUUGUCAAACGAUUGAGAAGACCAUCAACCAGGCUGUCCAGAAGACUUUAGAUCAACUGGAGAAAGACUCUGACCUCAUUUGUUCGACCAUCAUCAACAAACUGGAACAGGACAGGGCCGAUGUGUCUUUCAACAGGAGUGUUCGUCUUCACUCAGUUCUGUGUUUGGCUUUGGGCUUUUUCCUGCCGUUCCUCUUCAUCCUCAGUUUUAUUGUAAGCACCUUCUCCAAGGAGCAACUGCACGACCUGCUGGGCGAAGGUCCGACUCAUAUCGUUAUGGUCUUCACAGGGGUAGUGAUGUAUUUAUGGGAAUGGAUACCGGAGGACAAACAAGUAGUUUUUGUGAUCUCUUUUGGGGCUUUUUGCUACCUCCUGCUUUUCCUAGCAAAAUAUUUUGCAGGCCGAAGAAACAAGACUCUGACGAAGAAGGAGAAGAGGAAGAUGAUGGAGUACAUGGAUUAUAUCCAGGAUAUUGUCAAAACUAAAAAGGCUAAACUGUACGAGUGGUACCUGCAGCAGUGUGCAGCAGAACAGGACCUCUGAUGUCUCUGGUUUACAUCUGGAUGGUGCUGCCUCAUGCUUUUUUUAAUGCUUUUUUUGUUGUUGUAAAAAACAACUUUUUUUAUUUCAACCUGACAUUGGUGGCUGCUGAUUUGUAGUUGAAUCAGCAGGAGUUUGUAGACAAUCACCAGGCCAGUUGUAGGUGGAACCUAUGGUGCAGCAGAGAUCACUGCCAACUUCUGUCAUCUCAGCAGCCGACAUGGAGAAGUGCCUUGUUUUUACUGCACACAGGACAAACUGUGAUUUUAGCUCUUGGGCAAAAGUAAUUUUCUCAGUGGGAAGAUUUGUUCCCCAUUUCUCUUAGGUUUUGCAAUACAAAUGCUCAAAAUGUUUGCAAAAGGACUUUUCUCCAUUUCAAAUAUUGACCCACCAGCAAAUACCCUAUAUUUUUUAGUGUGUGUCCCUGUGUUGUAUCUGUCCAAAGUCCCCUACAGAAACACCCUGACUGACAUAUUACCUGAAUGUGUUUUCAUGCACAUAGCUAUUUAACUGCAAUAAUCAGUGCCGUGAUUACACCUGGGCAUCGUAAAUAGAUGUGAAGAAGCAGCAAACCUGGAAAAACUGUCCACCAUCUUGAAAGUUUUUGUUUUCUAUAGUUUGAAACAUACAGUAGCAAGAGAUUAGUGAAGCAGGAAGAGUAGUAUAGUCAUUGCACUAAUGUGUCGCUCCUAGCUGAGCUACAGCACUGAACUGAUGAGUAACCGUUAGCUCCGCUUAAUGCCUUCCCUCCAGUGUUUGUGAUUCAUGAAUAUUUAUUAGUGACACCAGCUGUGGUGCGUUUACUCGAAGGGGUGCGUCUGUCCAAACCAUCAUGCCUCAUUAAAUGUCAGCAUUUUUGAACUGAUUAAUUUAUUUCCUGCUGAUAUGCUUUCACUAAAAUUAGCAGGCCAGUAUAUUAAUUACUGGGAACAGAUUACCAGAUAUUUAAAUAUCUCAAAGAGAGAACUACAAGGAAUGAAAAGAUUGGUACCUCAUUUCUUUUAAUUCUUAAGCCAAUUUUCCCUCGUUAGAUUCUUAGUGGAUCAAAUAAGUAAUUGCACUCAGUCAAGACACCGUUAGGAUCAUUUACAGUUGAAUGUUUCACAGGAAACAGAGUGAACUGAAGUUUUCAGAUUUCUGUAACCAAAAUUGGAUUUCUUAUCGUAGUUUGUCAGUUACUCAAUUCACUAAGUAAAGCACAAUAUAUAUAUUGAUUACUCACAGACUACUGGUUUAAAUCUCUAUUUCUUUUAGCUGUGAUGAUUGUCACUUAACAAAUAAGAUUAUAAAAUUACUUAAACCAAUAAAAAAAUAUUUUUAAUACAGAAAAGUGGGCUUAAUGAAAACUAUGUUUAAUGUCUGUAAGGUUAUUUUCAAAAUAUAAUUUUAAUCGGACAAACGACCGUCAUCUGAGAUAAAAAACCUGUGUAUAAACACACUUUUGUAAUUUAAAUAUUUCCUUUAUGAAGCUUCUGUGAAUUAUAAAUACAUUAAAAAUAUUUUUGCCUUGCCAUUACCCAUAAUUACUUAUGGCUAUUUAUUUCUGUUCUGUAAAAUGUUUACAAAAAUCAAACACUUCCUUGUUUAUGUGUCAUUUAAGAGGUUAAAACAAUGCAGUUGAUUGUGAAAAAAGCUUUGGAUUAAUGCAUCCUUACUUAUCUCUGAUCCAAAAUAUUUUAAAAGCUCUUCUUCGGGCUGUUUGCAAUAUUAUUGUGAACACGUUUAGUUUGUUUUGUGUGUUAGAAUCCUCUCAGGUAAUCUUUCUGUUUAUAAAUAACUAUUUUAAAAUGAUUUCAUGUAUCAUUAGUCAAACUUGUGAAUUCAUCCAUUCUGUGGUAUUU